UUUUAUCUACAUACACUUUUGUAAAUGUGCGAGUGGUGUCAGUGUGUUGUGUGGUUCUUUAAGUAGACAAAAAUCAGUUUUCUAAAAGUUUUAAAUAACAAACUAUACCAGUCUUGAGUUUUGUAUAAUUUAGUUUUAAAGAGGUAGCAAACUGCUGCAAAUGUCAGGCGUGGAUCAGAUGAAAAUAUCAGGAAAUACAGCAAAAUCGGUUGAGGAGCGUAAUAUACCAUGGAGCCAACAAGUCGAUGAAGCAUCGUAUGAAAAUUUAUCUUCUCCAAGCCAUGAUGAUUGCUCUGUUCAUGAAAACUCGAUGCAAUUCCAAUAUCCGCCGUUUAAUCUUAAAGAGAACUAUAAUCUACCAUGGAGUAACAUGAACAAGGGUCGACAAAUUUCUGCAGACCAUGAUUCAUACAAAAGACAUGGACAUAGUAUUAUUACUAAUACACGACGAGACGAACACCAAAUAACUUCUUGGAAUUCAAAGAAGCUGGUUGAAACAAGUUCUGCACUUCAGCCAAAUCGUAAUGAAAGUGAAUACCGGUCAACACAAAUUGAUAACCGCACAUGCGAUGGAGCAGAAUUUCAUGGAGCUGUGGCAGCACCAAAAAAGACAACCUGGGCUUCUAUUGCAUCCCAGCCGGCUAAACUGUCAUCCAGAGCUGCAUCGACUACUUCCAAUCAUAAGAAAAAGGGUCCUGGUAUGCCACCUCCACCAAUGGUACCAGGAAAACAUAAUUUAGAUGUUAAUAUAUGGGACUUACCAAAUAAUAAGCCACCGCCUGUACCAGCACCAUCACCGAUUGAUUUGGUUUAUUCUGAUUUUAACGCUGACUUUUUAAAAUCAGCCAUCACAGAGCCUCCUCUAGGGGCACGAUCUGAAAAGGCUCAUAAAGACACGGAAAAUUUGCAUAAUUACGAGAACAAAAGUUUGGGUAAUAUAAGUAAUUCCAGCAGAAUAAAAGUAUCCCCAAACUUUCCCAAACAUUUGGGAACACAUCCCGUUCAUCAGCCAGUAGGUCCUCAAUCAGGUCACUUGGGAACCAUCGGAGCAUCUAUUCGACGAACCGAAUGUGUUAAUCCUACAAUUCGGACUACUGACCGUACAGGCAGAAUUGAAAUUAUAUCAAAGUGUAAAAAUCUGGAUCAAAACAGUUCUCGACCAAUAGAACUGCCUGCAACUGAAGACAUACCUGUUGAUCCACAAUUACUCUUGGAAGAAUUAAAAGACAAAAACAAUUACAAUCCAAAACUAAUGGACUUGAACAAAGCCACAACAGCACGUUUUUUUGUCAUCAAAUCGUAUUCUGAAGAUGAUAUCCACCGUAGUAUAAAGUACGAAAUUUGGUGCUCUACUGAUCAUGGAAACAAGCGAUUGGAUGAUGCUUUCAAAGAAAGACAUAAAGAAGGUGGAAAUAUUUUGCUCUUCUUUUCUGUGAAUGGGUCUGGUCACUUUUGUGGGAUGGCACAGAUGAUGACUCCAGUAGACUACAAUUCUACAUCUAGCGUUUGGUCUCAAGACAAAUGGAAGGGAAAAUUUAAGGUAAAAUGGAUAUAUGUAAAAGAUGUACCUAAUGGGAAACUCCGUCACAUCCGUCUGGAAAAUAAUGACAAUAAGUCAGUGACGAACUCAAGAGAUACCCAGGAAGUGCCAAACGAAAAGGGCAUUGAGGUGUUACAAAUACUGCACUGCUACAACCAUUCUACGUCCAUUUUCGAUGAUUUUUUUCAUUACGAAAAGAAACAAGAAGAAGAAGUCUCUUCAAAACGUCCGCCAAUUCAUGUUCCCGAUGGCAAUAAUCAUGUAAAAUCAACAUUAAGUCGCAGUUUUAACCGAAACUGUGAUGAUAAAGAAAAGGAACGCGAUAACCGCGGCAGUAUCAUGUCACAAAAACAUUUCAUCGCUGGAGGAGCUGGUUUCCGUAAUGCAGUUAAUAGAGGUGCCACAGGAAGCGGGGGCUUUCACAUCAACCACACUGAAUAUCGUCGUGGCUUUGACUUACAGAAAACUUUUAGUGGUGGUUAUCACUUAAAAGAUAGAGAAAGCGUUGAAUUUGAAAGAGAAAACGAGUUUGGAAUUCAAAAUUAUUCGAAAAACAGGAAAAAUGAACAUCAACAAAACAGUGCCAUUAAAGGCAAGUUAAAAAAUCGUGAUCGAGACUUCAGUACUGAACCAAUGAAAAUCGACGUUCGCUUUCGUACUGGUCUAUGCACAUCUAAGGAUAUGACAAGAAAUACAGAUAAAGAUCCGAAGCAAUGAAUAUUACUUAAACAUAAGUUUGCCAAGAUUCAUUAGGUUUAUUUUUCCACUUAAAUUGAAUGGACGUUAAUGCUUUGAGACGUUAAUGUAAAAGUUUUAGAUUUUUUUAACCAUUGUGUGUAUAAGAAGAAAACCCAUUUAAUGAUUAAUAAUGAAAAUAAAACCAAACAAGUGGGAAUUAGGAUAAAUGAUUAAAAUAUGAUAACAUUUUUACGUAAUUAUUUAUUAAAAUAUUUAUAUAAAUCUAUUGACGCUCACAUUGAACAGAACAUACUAAAACUAUGACCGAUUUAGCCGAUUUGUACAAGAUUUCAAAACAUCAAGGAACUUUCUACUGUCAUUCCUUGUAGUUGCACUGUAACAAUUUAUACGUGUUAUCUGAAUCUAAAUAAUGUUUACACGACUUAUGUAUGUAUAAUAUAAUUAAAGCAUCCAAUUAAUCAUUUUAUGUA